GGCGUGACAUCUCCGAUCAGAACGGUCAACUGGUCGACGUUUCGAGAUCGGGCGAGGAAGGGUGAGAGUGAAUAGAAGAUAGAUAGAUAGAUAGAUAGAGAGAGAGAGAUCAUGGAGGAGAUUCAAACGGUGAGGAUAAUGGCUUUCGAGAACGCUUCGCCUCCUCUGGACGAGAAGGCCAAGAGGACGCGGGAUCUCCUUGCGAGCUUCUACUCUUCCAAUACAUCCGGCGGUGGCAGCGGCAGCGGCUCAAGCAUUAGCCCCGGGCGGUCGGCCCCCGCUGAUUCCAUCAACUCGCCCAACUUCGAUUCUGAUAUUUACAUGUCUAUUAUUGUCCAAAAGCUAAAUUUGGAUGGGCUUCUUCAGAAGCAUGUUGAAAUGGCAGCUGAGAUAAAAAAUCUUGAUACUGACUUGCAAAUGUUGGUUUAUGAAAAUUAUAACAAGUUUAUUAGUGCAACAGAUACAAUAAAGAGGAUGAAAAGUAAUAUUGUUGGCAUGGAGGCAAACAUGGAGCAUCUUCUCAAUAAGAUUAUGUCCGUGCAAUCCAAGAGUGACGUUGUGAACAAAUCUUUGUUUGAAAAAAGGGAACACAUAGAGAAAUUACAUCGAACCCGAAAUCUUCUACAGAAAGUACAAUUCAUAUAUGAUCUUCCUGCUCAACUUGGGCGGUGCAUAAAAGCAGAAGCUUAUGCAGAUGCAGUGCGCUUUUUUACUGGAGCCAAGCCAAUUUUUGAGGCAUAUGGUGAUUCGUCCUUUCAAGACUGCAAGAGGGCGUCUGAACAGGCAAUGGACAUAGUUAUUCAGAAUCUUCAGGAAAAACUUUCUUCCGAGUCAGUGCCUAUUGAAAGAAGGGCAGAAGCUGUUCUUCUUCUUAAACAACUGAGUUUUUCUGUUGACAAUCUGAAGUCAAAGUUGCUUGAAAAGUUUGAGGAUUGUCUCUUAAAGUUCCAUAAUCAUUCUAAAGAGGUUGAUCUUUCAGAGUCAGAUGGGCUACCUAAGGCUUCAAUCGAGGAUUUUUCCAAAACAGCUCAUGCAUAUCUUAUAAUAUUUCCUGAUUCAGAGGUUCGGCUCAUCAAACUUGCGCAGGACUUCUUUUCAAAGCGUUAUGGAAUUGUUCAGCACCACAUAAAGAAAAGAACUUCUGCAGCAAGUUUACUGCCGAUGCUCUGGGAUAUUUGGAAUGAUAUAAAUGUCAUGGAUGAAGUGCUUCCGGAAGCCGCUCUUCCAGUUCAUUGUCUUGAGGCAGCUAGCGGUAUAUGCAGACAAUAUAUUUCGACACUUUUCUCUCAUCUUCUAAAAGAAAUCUCAGAACUCAUCAGAAUUCAGCCUAGGAUAAAUGGAUCCGAAGAAUCUCCAUUGCAGAUUGUAUUAGAAGGCAGCAAGAAGGCAAUUUUUCAGGGUAGCAUGGACCUCCUAGUGGAAUUUCGCCAACUUCUUGAUGAUAAUUUGGAGCUCUUGGUAAAGCUGAGGGACUUGCUUAGAGAUUGGGUUCAAGAAGGCUUCCAGGACUUCUAUCAGAAACUUCACCAACUUUUUCUAUUGCUUUGUGGGAGUGGUAAUUUGUCCACUAAGGACUCGAGCAAUGAUUCAGUACAUACAGAGAGAGUGCAAACUGGUCUUGUUCUGGUGCUUGCCCAGGUUUCAGUUUAUAUAGAACACGCUGCCAUUCCUAGAGUAACAGAGGAAAUAGCUGCUUAUUUCUCUGGAGGUGGCAUGCGGGCUUAUGAACGUGGACCUGCAUUUGUGCCAGGGGAGAUUUGUCGAUUAUUUCGUUCAGCUGGUGAAAAGUUCUUGCAUCGUUAUAUAAACAUGAAAUCUCAAAACCUAUCCAUCAUACUCAAAAAGAGGUUCACAACUCCCAAUUGGAUUAAGCACAAGGAGCCGCGAGAAGUUAAUAUGUUCGUGGACCUACUUCUUCAAGAGUUGGAUGGUGUUGUUGCUGAGGUGCGACAGGUCCUACAACGUGGCCUUACCAGAAGACAUCGCCGUUCUGACAGUAAUGGAAGCACUAAUUCUUCUCGUAGUAAUCCUUUGCGUGAGGAUAAAUUUAGCCGAUCAAAUACUCAGCGUGCUAAAAGUCAGUUUUUGGAGAGCCAUCUUGCAAAAUUAUUUGAGCAAAAAAUGGAAAUAUUUACUAAAGUUGAAUACACACAGGAAUCAGUUGUAUCAACUGUUGUCAAACUAUGUCUCAAAAGCUUGCAAGAAUUUGUUCGUCUCCAAACCCUAAAUCGAAGUGGAUACCAGCAAAUCCAGUUGGAUAUUGAAUUUCUGAAGAAUCCCCUGAAAGAAUAUGUUGAUGAUGAAGCAGCCAUUGAUUUCCUGCUCAAAGAGGUUAUUAGUGCUGCUCAUGAGAGGUGUCUUGAUCCAAUCCCGCUGGAGCCUCCCAUAUUGGAUAAACUUGUAAAUGCUAAGAUAAGCAAGAGCAAGGAUCAGAAAACAAGUGCGUAGAAGCUUUGAAUACAUAAGUCACUAAAGUUUACAUUUUAUUUUUACAAGUUAAUAAUUUUUUUCUUUCAUAAAAAACUUGUACGAGUUGAUGUAAAUUGGCCUAUUGUCCUUACAUUUUGUGCGUGGAAACUACAAGCAAUUAUUGUACUUUUUUCGUGUGUGAA